AUUAAACUCCCUGGAUCACUCAAGUUCCAUGGGAUUUCAAAAAGGUCACUAAUGUCGAUUUUUUUACAAAAGUGUCAUCAACGUAGCCUAUUUGUUACACAGGGAUGUCACUCUCCCGGUUUUUACACUUCUUACAUCAAAACGCAGUGUUUUGUGGUGACAUGGCAUGUCAGAAUAGCCUGAUGAAUCUCUCUCAUCCAUGUCAGCAACAUAAGAUGACUGAAUAUCCACGUAAUCAAUGCAACGGUAAAAAAUGUGCAACGGUACUUUUGUUUUAACCUAAAAACAUAAAUCCAUUUACCCUAUCUUCUAAUUUCCCUCAAUUUCAAAAGUCAUGAACCCUAAUUUCUUCAGAUUUGAAUGUCUCCUCUAAUUUCUUCUUCAAUUUCUCAAUUCUCUUAGUCAUUGAAAUCGUUCCAACCUUCGAUCUCUGGUUAUAUCGCAUAAUCUUUACUCUCCCCCAAUUUCGUUGAAGCCAAGAACAGUAAUUGGUUUGCUUCGUAGUUUCUUCAACUAUAGUAAAUCGCUGCUUCAACUUUGCUUAUCAACGAAGAGCCCAGAUGGAGCAGGAGAGAUUCAUUCCCAAUUGCUACUGCAAUCAACCGGCGGUUCUGAAAACAGCUUGGACAACGAAAAACCCAGGAAGACGGUUUUUUGGAUGCCAUGGUUACCAGUCUGGAGACGGAUGUGAUUAUUUUGACUGGUUGGAUCAACCUCUGCCUCAUAGGACCAAAUCUUUGCUUUUUGGCUUGCUGGAGAAGGUGGACAAACAGGAGAUAGAAAAUAAGAACAAAGCAUGGAAAUGGAAUUCUCUGAAGUUUUUUCUUGUUUUAGUGAUAGGUUUUUAUCUUGGAAGAAUGAGUUGCAAUUAGUGUAACUCUCUGUCUGUAAUGGUUGCUUUAACUCUUAUUAUUGUGAUUUAUGCACUUAGAACUCUGUGUCUGUAAUGGUUUAUGCAAUUAGACAAGCUUGGUUAGUCUGAAAAUGCAUUGUAAUUUUCUGUCUUUUAACAAUUUGAA